AAAAUAUGAUGGUGCUUAAAAUUUUAGGGUUGCUGAUAACCGCUGCCGCUGGCGCGAGGAUAAAUGUAUCAAAUUUACCAAAUUCGGAUCGAGGUGUACCGCAAUCAGUUUUGAACGAAAACUUAUUUAAUGUUUACCCCCAUCUGGUUUACGUUACGCCUGGGUCUGGGGUUGUAGUAUCUAGGGUAGGUAAUGUUCGCAAUGUUAAUUAUGGAAGGAAAAUGUUUCAAGAGCAAGUUCCAACUUCUUUCCCUGGAAGAGGCGAAAUUGCUAAUGAGCAAUUUCUCAAAGAAGUUACACCAACGACACGAACCGUGUUAGAAAAGCAACAAGUAACUGCGCCAUUUAUGCGAGCAAAAUUUUCGUCAAAUAUUGAAGGUAAACUAAGAGAUCAAGAUCAAUAUACAGCACACCAUCAAGUGGAAGAGAACGAUGACAGUAUAGAGCAAGGACAUAACGCAAAUGGCCCAAACCCCGAUUUUCGAGUCUUGUUUGUGCAAGGGAAUGAACCCAUUGCAGAAAACAACCAUUAUCACCAAAGAUUGGUGUACAACGUUAAGCCCAAGUCGAUCCUCGGAGCAAGUCAAUCUCUAAGGAAAACGCAUUUAAGAAAACCUACAAAGCCUCAGGCCAUUGAUUAUGAUUAUCAAGAGGAAAGAACCGAAGGAACUCUCCAACCUGCAAAUCACUACGUACAGUUUUCACAAGCAGAUAACGCCAACGAGCAAAUUGGAUUAAGCAAUUUUCAAUCCAGUUCUAAUCCACAACCUUUUGAACCCCACCGUCUUCAAGACGAGCUCUCAGAAGAAGAACUAUAUUCGUUUUAUAUUAAACAACUUCAACAGAAACUCGCGCACUUCGUACCAAAGAAAACCAACGUUCCAGAAUCAAAAACGAUAAGUAGACACAAACAACUCCCAGUUAUAUUUAAAACUAGAAACGAACAACCCUACGAAGAAAAUGCUACCCCUAUCAGACGAAGUUCGCCGAUACCUAGAGAAUUUCACUAUGAAAGUUUGCCAUACAACCACUUUAUUAAAAAAGAAAGGGCCGUCCAAAUACUCCAAGAUGAAGAGGAAUGAGACGCAUUUUUAUAGAAUAAAUAAGGAACUAAUUUAAUUCUGCAUCUUUAGUAAGAUGUGCCUUCCUAGUAAAAUAAAUUAUUAAAUAGCUACUUGGGUACCUACAUUUUA